AUGAGUCCAGAUGUGCCUCUGCUGAACGAUUACAAACAGGACUUCUUCCUGAAGCGCUUUCCACAGACUAUUCUUGGAGGCCCUCGACUCAAAUUGGGCUAUUGUGCCCCUCCUUACAUAUAUGUUAAUCAGAUUGUCCUUUUUUUGAUGCCAUGGGUUUUAGGUGGAAUAGGAACACUUUUGUACCAAUUAGGCAUCCUGGAAGACUAUUACACAGCAGCACUUUCAGGUGGACUAAUGCUUUUCACCGCAUUUGUCAUCCAGUUCACAAGUUCAUAUGCCAGAAACAAAUCGGCAACGGUGGAGAGAAUGUUGACCACAGACAUCUUAGCAGAGGAAGAUGAGCAUGAGUUUACAGAUUGUGCUGGUGCUGAGACCAUCAAAUUUCUAAUUCCUGGCAAAAAACAUACAGCCAACAUAGUUUUUCAUUCUGUUCUUGCUGGAUUACUGUGUGGUCUUGGAACAUGGUAUUUGCUCCCGAAUAGAAUAACCCUGCUAUAUGGCAGUGUAGGAGGCACUGUUGUACUCUUUGUCUUUGGAUGGAUGACGCUGUGUAUAGGAGAAUAUUCAUUAAUUGUAAACACACCUACAGAGUCUGCAACUUUCCAAACCCAGGAUGCUUAUGAAAUCACUCCUCUUAUGAGACCUGUUUAUAUUUUUUUCUUUGUUUCUGUAGAUCUUGCACACAGGUUUAUGGUAAAUAUACCAGCUCUAGAACAGAUGAACCAGAUUUUACACAUCUUGUUUAUAUUUUUACCCUUUUUCUGGGCACUCGGGACCCUACCCCCACCUGAUGCACUUUUCUUAUGGGCAGUGGAGCAGGUUUUAGAGUUUGGCCUUGGAGGCUCAUCUAUGUCAACUCACCUACGGUUGUUAAUAAUGUUCAUCAUUUCUGCUGGAACAGCUGUAGCAUCUUAUUUCAUUCCCAGCACUGUUGGUGUGGUUCUUUUCAUGACUGGACUUGGGUUCUUACUGAGUCUUAACCUAAGUGAGAUGGUUCUUGUCUUCAAACACAAUGUGACCAGACACAGAGUUGGAACCAAAUCUAAUGCUUUAUCCAGUGGUUCAGAAAUCCGGUUUACUUGGAGGGACUACCUUUUCUACAUUAUUUUAUUAGUCUUGGCCCUCUUAGAAACUGGUUUGUUGCAUCACUUUGCUAGUUUCUCACAGAUUUCCAAAAACAGUCCUCAGGCUGUUGUUGGCUAUACUUUGAUGAUAUUAUUUAUAAUACUGUGGAUACUUAAAGAAAUUCAAAGUGUCUAUAUCUUUGGAAUUUUCCGGAACCCUUUCUAUCCAAAGGAUGUGCAAACUGUGACUUUAUUCCUAGAGAAGCAGACAAAGCUUACGAAGAUUGGUGUUGUCAGACGGAUUUUAAUAAAUCUAGUGUCACCUUUUGCUAUGAUAGCAUUUCUUUCAUUGGACAGUUCCUUACAAAGGCUUCACUCUGUAUCUGUCUCCAUUGGAUUCACAAGAGCUUUUAGAAUGGUGUGGCAGAAUACAGAGACUGCUUUAUUGGAGACAGUCAUUGUAGCAGCAGUACACUUGCUGAGCUCCAGUGCAGACAUGUGGUGGAGCAGAAGCCUGGACACAGGAAUCAAACUCUUACUGGUUGGUAUCAUGCGUGAUCGUCUCAUUCAGUUCAUCGCUAAAUUGCAGUUUGCUGUGACUGUGCUUGUGGCAUCAUGGACAGAGAAAAAACGUAGAAAAUCAACCACCACUUUGGGUGUACUCAACAUUGUCUUCUCUCCAUUCGUGUUGGUCGUCAUAGUUUUUUCUACACUACUCUCUUCUCCCUUACUCCCCCUCUUUACCCUUCCUUUGUUCUUGGUGGGGUUUCCUCGACCUGUUCAGAGUUGGCCAGGAGUGGUGGGCACCACAGCCUGUGUGUGUGCAGAUACAGUGUACUAUUGCCAGAUGGUCCCAGGUUUAAUCACUGCGCUGCAGUCUGCAAUGGCAGCUGGGAGUUUAGGUCUCCUCUUACCUGGGUCUCAUUACUUGGGCCGUUUUCAGGAUCGUUUAAUAUGGAUAAUGAUUCUAGAAUGUGGCUAUACUUAUUGCUGUGUUAACAUUAAGGGGUUAGAAUUGCAAGAGACAUCCUGUCACACUGCUGAAGCUCGAAGAGUUGAUGAAGUUUUUGAAAGUGCCUUUGAACAAGAAGAAUAUGUAAAAUUAUGUUCCAUUAAUGAACACUUUGGAAAUGUUUUGACACCCUGUACUGUUUUGCCUGUGAAACUCUAUUCUGAUGCCAGGAAUGUCCUGUCUGGCAUAAUUGAUUCUCAUGAUAACUUAAAAGAAUUUAAAGGUGAUCUUGUUAAAGUACUUCUGUGGAUACUUGUUCAGUACUGUUCUAGAAGGUCUGGCAUGCUGGAGAAUGCUCACAAAACUGAAAAUAAAGGGAAAUCAUCUCUAAUAAUCCUGCCUGCUUUGAAUACUGAACCACAAACUGAAUCCCCAGAAGACGCAGACAGUUUAAAUUCAGAAAAUUUGGAUGACUGGUCUGAUGAUGUUUUUGGUGAAGAGCCAACUAUCAAAAAAGGAAAAGAUGAAAAAGAUCAGUUGAAAGUAUUGCCAGGUAUAAAUUUGCCUAUUCCUGGAUCAGUAGAAUCACAGAACAUUGGUAGUCAUUCCAUAAACACAGUUACUGAAGAGAGUCUUUACCAAGCAGUUGCACUUGGAUACCCUGCCACUGACAAAGGAGAACAAGAAGCCGUGGCAUGCAUCCCUCUCAUGGAGUUCAGUUGUUCUCAUUCUCACUUAUUAAGCUUACCUGAAGAGUGGCUGUCUAACUGUUUACCUAAUUCCAAAGUGAAAGAGAUGAGUUCAGUAUUUCCAGAAGACUGGUACCAGUUUAUUUUAAGGCAGUUGGAAUGUUUUCCUUCAAAAGAAAAUGCCUCAAAUGUGGAAGAAAUUGCAAAGGACAGAGUUCUGAAAGACUUGUAUGUUCAUACAGUAAUGACUUGUUACUUUAGUUUGUUUGGGGUAGACAAUAUGAUUCCUAGUCCUGGUCAUAUAUUGAGAGUUUACAGUGGUGUUUUGCCUUGGUCUCUUGCCUUGGAUUGGCUCACAGAAAAACCAGACCUGUUCCAACUAGCCCUAAAAGCUUUCAGGUACACUCUGAAACUAAUGAUCGAUAAAGCAAGUUUAGGUCCAGUAGAAGACUUUAAAGAGUUGAUUAACUGCCUUGAAGAAUAUGAAAGUGACUGGUACAUUGGUUUGGUAUCUGAUGAAAAGUGGAAGGAAGCAGUUUUACAAGAAAAACCAUACUUGUUUUCUCUGGGAUAUGAUCCUAAUAUGGGAGUUUACACUGGGAGAGUACUUACCCUUCAAGAAUUAUUGAUCCAUGUUGGGAAGUUAAAUGCUGAAGCUGUUAGAGGUCAGUGGGCCAAUCUUUCAUGGGAAUUGCUUUAUGCCACAAACGAUGAUGAGGAACGUUAUAGUAUACAAGCUCAUCCACUACUUUUAAGAAACCUUACAGUACAAGCAGCUGAUCCUCCCCUGGGAUAUCCAAUUUAUUCUUCAAAACCUCUCCAUAUACAUUUGGUGUAG